GACACAUGGUCCAACAACGUCCGUUUUCUCUGCCUACAUCUUUCGGUCGUUGUAGGAAAGAUCAUUAAAAGCCUAAAUUCCAUCGUUAUCGGGAAACCGGGCCCAGAACAGAACACAAUACAAUAAUAAGCAUGAAACACAAGACGGUGUUUGAUUGGCUGUGGGGUGGCUAACUCCAUUUUGGAAACAGCUGUUUGAGAAGUACCCUUCCCUCAUUGUUUCCCUGAGGUUCCCAGAGAAACAUCCCGCUUUCGGAUACUUUUUAUCACUAAUCCAGACCAACAUCCUUAUAAGAUUUACACAACGUGUUGCAGAUGAGCCCGGAAACUUAAUUGGUGUUUGAUCCGAUUGUAACAAGUAGAUAAGAAAGGCUUGCGAAUCAAGCUCAUUCCUCAUUUUUCAAGCAUCACAGACACAGCUGCCCUUACCCCAUACCGACGGACACUGGGUACUUAUAAUAUCUGUAGAGAGGAAGCGGUUCUGACUGAUGAGCUCCUCUGAGUGAUACUGAAGGAAUGUGUAAUGAGGUUUCUGGUCAUGGACAGAUGAUGGAUGUGGAGACAACAACGUCGUACUCUGACUUCAUCAGUUGUGAUCGUACAGGCCGCAGGAACGCAGUACCUGACAUCCAGGGACAGGGGGCAGCAGCCAGCACCAGUGAAUUAACCAAAGACAUGGAAGGGAUGGACCUGAAGGCUGCAGAAGGAGAGACUGGUGCAUCACCAGCCCCUGAGGGUGAAGGGUCAACCAGCCAAGAGGCCCAGGGAGGCAAGGGCCCAUCGUAAACCACCUCACAGGAGAGGAGAGAGGGACACAGACAGGAAGGGACAGCAGGAGACACGGAGAGAGGGGAUCUACUGGUUGUCCUGCCUGCCUGAAUCCUACUCCUCAACAGUGAUGACAUAAUCUCUCACUGUGUAGCUCUGAUGGAGCUUUGCUGGUCCAGUUGCAUGAUACUUCUUCUCUAUCAAUUGGCAUUGUGGGAAAUGGAGUUGACAGAACUUGACAGUUGACAAGUAGGACUACAUCUGAUCCUGGCCUAUAGUUGCUGCUGGAAUACAGUGGUAAAGGAAAUGUUCUCAUAUCACUAUGAGAAAGCACAGAACUUUGGACCGAACUCCCAUCAAGAAGAAGAGCUAUACAGAAUCUAUAAUCAUGUGUUACUCCUUUUUGUUUUGUGUACGUUUGUGGCCCAGUUAAAAAUGUUCCCUAGUUUACCCUUUCUUUUACAAUAACACAUGAAGUUGCAAUUACAAUGUACUGUAAUGGAGGUCAUAUUUAUUUCAAAUGGUUCUCUGAUACCUUUGUAAUAGGAAUUUCUUUGUGCAAUAAAAUGUGUAAUAAGUA